AUGAUUCCCCCGGCAGAUUCCCUGCUCAAGUACGACAACCCGGCACUCAUCAGUAAGAACACCGAGAGGAAGUCCCCCAAAUCUCGUGCGUUGAAAGCCAUUCCUCAGCAAACUGGCACAUCUGCUGUACCUGUACCUCCACCUCCCAAGCCAAAAACACCACCACUUGAUGUAACGAAGCCAGCAGAAGAAAUUUUAAAUGCAAUCCUACCACCACGGGAAUGGAUGGAGAACAACCAACUGUGGAUUCAGCAGGUGUCCAGCACCCCCAGCACCCGGAUGGAUGUCGUCCACUUACAGGAAGAGCUGGAUAUUAAAUUACAACAGAGGCAGGCUAGGGAGACAGGAAUCUGCCCUGUGCGCAGAGAGCUCUAUUCACAAUGCUUUGAUGAGCUUAUUAGACAAGUGACAAUUAACUGUGCAGAGCGUGGCGUCCUGCUGCUGAGGGUGCGCGAUGAAAUUCACAUGACCAUCUCAGCAUACCAGACUCUAUAUGAAAGCAGCGUGGCUUUUGGCAUGAGGAAGGCUUUACAGGCUGAACAAGGCAAAUCAGACAUGGAGAAAAGAAUUGCAGAGUUGGAGCAAGAGAAGAAGGACAUGGAGAGACAGGUCAAUGAACAGAAGGCCAAGUGUGAGGCUAUAGAGAAACGAGAGGCGGAGAGACGGCAGGUAGAGGAGAAGAAGCACGCAGAGGAAAUACAGUUUCUCAAAAGGACUAACCAGCAGUUGAAGGCUCAGCUAGAAGGAAUUAUUGCGCCCAAGAAAUAA